UUCUUCAUUUACUACAAAAAGCUGAUCAUGGCAAUUAAGUCGUCCAGCAGGCCAAAUGGGAACAAAAAGAAUGGUAUGAUGAAAUUCAAGAGAGUAGUAGAAAAGCUGCAGAAGAGUUUUCUACUACGCAAGAGGUCACCGGUGAAUCAUUUGGAUGAUUUUGAGGAGUCCAAGGAUGUUCCCAACGACGUUAAAGAAGGGCAUUUCGCGGUGAGGGCGGUGGACGAUGAUAAUAAGGUUAAGAGAUUCAUCGUUCCACUGAGUUGUUUGAGGAAUCCUUGUUUUUUAAGGUUGCUGGAAAAAGCUGCAGAGGAGUAUGGGUUUGAACAUGAAGGUGCACUCAUGCUUCCUUGCAGGCCAAGUGAGCUGGAGAAGAUUCUUGGCAAGCAAUAUAAUGGAAGAGCAGAUUGGAGUUCUCCUACAUACAAGUCAAGAGCUUUAAGUUUAAUUUAAAGAUAAAAAUACAUGUAAAGAUUGUUCAUUAUUAUCAUUUUUUUAAUG